AUGUCCAACACGCUCAGGAAUGUCAGCUUUGAGUGGCUGAAAAAUGUCGUUGAAACUUCUGUGGAGAUCAGCCCACUCGAAGAGUAUCCGCGGAUUCAUGUCUCUGCUGCAGAGCAAAUGCAGGAAUUUGUUGACAUCGAAGAUGAUGUCCUGAUACCUGCCGCGUUCACUGCAAAUCAACCAAUACCCUGCAACGACUAUGUAUGCUUAGAGGCUGCCCCUCUCAACUACGUUAUCACUCCUCUCCCCGGACAACAAUGUCUCAUUCCACGCCGUACCUGUGUCACGAUCACAGGACUCGGCUAUGUAUGCUGGUUCGACCGUAUCAUCGACAUAGAUGUUUUGGAGCCAGACUCAGUAAUUAUGGAAGGCUGGGUCUGGAAUGGUUAUUUCGGACAUGGGUGGAUAUUAUUCCGAUUCCACGCCAAAGUCCACUCCUACUGCCUCGAAUUGCCGACUCCAUGGAUCUCAAUCGUCAAUUUGAGCACACGCCGCUUCAGCAAGCUGUACCUUCAGUACGAUCUAUUCAAUCUCUACCGCCUCUUUCAGUACAGGAUCUUGGAGCAAGGACUGUAUCAGGACGAAGAAGAUAUGAACCAUGAUGCGGAGCUUAAUAAUUGGUUAGGAGAGAUGCGCGAAGCUAUCUACCUUCCAAUCACCUUCGAGGAAGCAAAGGAACGGUUGGAGGAGAUUGCGAUCGAGUUGGCGAGGAGAAGGAUGCUUUUGGUAUGA